GCGCUACGGGUGUGGUGGAUGGGCGUGUGGUGUGGGAGGGCGGGACCCGGUGUGGGCGGUGGGCGGGAGUGCACGUGGCGCUGUCCGACGCCCCCCACGCCGUCACCCACGCCAUCGAUCAGGCCGCCCGCGGGUUGCUGGAUAAGCCCCGGGGAAGGCCGCCCACGGGGACAGGGUCGCGCGCCGAGAGCCGCGCCGAGCUGUCGUGGCUGCGCGAGGUGAGCGUGCUGGACCUGAGCAGCGAGACGGCGUCGCUGGCGGCGUCGGAGAUGACGUCGGGGCGCCGCCGCCACGUCCCGCGCGACCCGCUGCCCGACGCCGCGCCCGACGCCCACUACCCCGACGCCCACAGCACGCCCUGGCCGCCGCCGCCGCCCUGGAGCCGCCGCGCCUCCUGCCAGAGCCAGUCCGUGGGCGGAUGCUCCGCCUCCACCAGCGCGGGCGCCGACGCCGACGAGAGCGCGUGUCCCUUUACGACCACCCGCGGCCGCUGGGCCUCGCGCACCCCUGCGCGCCGCCCCGCCGCGCCCCGCGCUGCCGCCCUCGCUGCCGCCACCCGACCCGCCGCGUGGCGCCCUCAACCCGCUCGACAACUACGACGUGCCGCCGCCGCCGCGCGCGUGCCGCCCACGGCGCACUACGACACGCCGCGGCGCCUCAUCAUGUGCGACACCGGCGCCCACGUGCACGACGGCGGCCUGGUGGGCACGCCCCGACGCGCCGCCCGCGUCCGGGCGUGGUGCGAGGGCGGCCUGGCGGCGGCGCCCGGCUGCGGCCAGAUGCUGGGCUGGGCGGGCGCGCUGGUGUGCGGGCGCCGCGACGAGGCCGACGGGCGCCCGGACGCGCGGGCGGAGCAGCUCAAGGUGGACGGGCACGGGCGCAUGCCGGUGGUGGACGCCCACACGGGCACCAUCCUGCGCCACCCGCCGCCGCCGCCCGCGCCGCAGCCCCCGCAGCAGCAGGCGGCGGCGGUCUACGCCGUGGUCAACAAGCGCAAGAAGACGGGCAAGCCGCGGGCGCCCACGCCGCCGCCCACGCCCCGCCCACGCCCCGCCGCGCCACACGCCGCGCCCGCGUCCUCCUCCGCCAACUACGAGAACCUGGAGUUCGCCGCCAGCCUCCCGCUCUACGAGAACGUGCGCGACGUCAAGACGGCGGCCGCGGCGCAGCCCGUGCGCCUGCAGCCCGCGGCCGCCCCCGCCGGCUGCGCCUGCACGCCGCCGCCGCCACGCCCACGCCCAGCCUCGCCUCCUCCACGGCGUCGUCCGUGUCCGCCGCCUCCGCCGGCGCGCCCCCGCUGCCUCAGGGCGCCCCGCAGCGCCUCACGCCCACGUCGCCCGCCGCCGACGCCUCGGCCGCGGGCGCCGACGACCACUACAUGGCCAUGA